AUGGCGUUGGGUGUACCUACCGUGAAGGCGACCCCGGAGCCGGCAGUCUUGGACAAGAAGGCGUCUGUUUCUCCGCACAUAUCAUGUGAGCCUGGUGACUUUGGCGAGACGGUUUUGAUGCCGGGUGACCCGUUGCGCGCGAAGUUAAUAGCUGAGACGUAUUUGGAGAAAGCGGUGUUAGUGAACAACGUCCGAGGUGUCCAGGGUUAUACGGGUUACUACAAGGGUAAGCGCAUUAGCGUGAUGGCGAGUGGUAUGGGCAUGCCGUCGAUCGGGAUUUAUAGCUACGAGUUGUUCACAAUGUUCGGCGUUAAACAAAUCAUUCGAGUGGGUUCGGCGGGUUCUAUCAGUGACGAUAUGAAGCUAUACGACAUCGUCAUCGGUCAGGCUACCUGUACGGACAGUGGUUACGUGGAACAGUACAAGCUCCCCGGUCGGUUUUGCCCUAUUGGCGAUUUCGGCCUGAUUCAAGAAGCCGUCAAGGUCUGUGAAAACAGCCAAGUCCGCUACAAAGUCGGCAAUCUCUUCUCCUCGGAUCGCUUCUACGACGACUCCCAAUCCACUCUCGAGUGGGAAAAGAUGGGCGUCCUCGCCGUUGAAAUGGAAGCCGCCGCACUGUACUGCAACGCCGCCCGUACUGGGCGUAAGGCGCUAUGCAUCUGCACCAUCUCCGACGAGAUCAAAACCGGCGCCAAAACCACUAGUGACGAACGUCAAAACGCGUUCCACGCCAUGAUGCAAAUCGCACUUGACAUCGCCGCCAACACCACCGCCUAG